UCUUGAGAUCAACGACUUGCAAUCAUGAACUAUCUGUAUCUGUUCGCUCUGUGCCUUGCUCUGGUCAGCUGCUCCAGUGCUAUACCCUUGGGCAAGCCCACGGGCCAGCCGGGCUGCCAGACGGAGGCCGAAGUCGCCGUGGGCGCCUAUCGACACUUCUACUUGAAGAACCAGUACUGGGUAUGCCAGGCUCUGGGUGUGCCCGCUUCGCUGGCUUCUUGUCCGGUUGCCCAGGCCUGGCUGGAUGACGCCAAGGCCUGUGUGUACUUUGCCCAAUGGUAUUGGACUCCAACAGUGGCACCACCAAGUCAGCCACUUGCUGCCGGGAUCUAAGUGGCAACACUUUAUGAUUGAUUUUGUGAAUUGAUUUUGAAAAUACGCAAGAAAUACAGUUGUUUAUUGAGCACGUGAAAUAA